AUGCAACAGACAGACAGGGUUGGGGAGGAGGGGGAGGAAGCUGGGCAGCGGGCAAAUCGGCUGCUCCUAUCAAGCAAGCGAGGGGUGGAGGGGGUUGCCACGUUAAACGAACGAAAAGAAUAUAACAAAUACGUUGACCGAGAACAACGGAGACCGAGAGCGAGAGCGAGCGAGAGAGAGAGAGAGAGAGAGAGAGAGAGAGAGAGAGAGAGAGAGAGAGAGAGAGAGAGAGAGAGAGAGAGAGAGAGAGAGAGAGAGAGAGAGAGAGGACGAGAGAGAGAGGACAAGAGAGCGAGAACGAGAGAGUGGACGAACGAGAGAGAACGAACGAGAGAUUUGACAAAAGAGAACGAGAGAACGACAGAGACGGAACGAGAGAGAGAGAGAGAGAGAGAGAGAGAGAGAGAGAGAGAGAGAGAGAGAGAGAGAGAGAGAGAGAGAAUGAGAGAGAACGAGAGAGAGGGAAAGAGAGAGAGAGAGAGAGAGAGAGAGAGAGAGAGAGAGAGAGAGAGAGAGAGAGAGAGAACGAGAGAGAGAGCGAGAGAGAGAGGACGAGAGAGGGAGAACGAUAGAGUAGGGAACGAGCGAGAGAGAACGAGGGUGAACGAUCGAGAGCGAGAGCGAGAGUACGAGAGUGAAAUAACGAGAGAGAGAGAGAGAGAGAGAGAGAGAGAGAGAGAGAGAGAGAGAGAGAGAGAGAGAGAGAGAGAGAGAGAGAGAGAGAGAGAGAGAGAGAGAGAGAGAGAGAAGAGAGAGAGAACGAGAAAACGAGGGAGAACGAGAGAACGAGAGAAAGAGAGAACAAGAGGAGAGAGAGAGAACGCGAGAGAGAGAGAGAGAAAACGGGAGAGAAAGAACGAGGGAGAACGAACGAGAGAACGAGAAAGAACUAGACAACGAGAGAACGAGAAAGAGAACGAGAAAGAGAAUGCUCCAACCUAA